UCUCCCUGAGUGGUUCUGCCUUCAUCCGGAGGCGGGCGCUCCUGGAUGAAUCCUGAAAUCCCAUUGGACGAGAGAUUUCUUUGGCUUCCGUGACGCAGCUUGGAAUUCCCAAAGUUCCCAAGUUCACAGGAGGAGAAGUGCGUUAAUUUUACGAGAAGCAAGAGGUUUUGGAGGAAAAAUCCGCAAGCGAUUGGAAAAUAAGCAGAACCUAGACACUCCUGGGCCUGCUGGAUAUUAUAAAGGUGAAUCUGUCUGGUGCUGUGCCCACCUGAGCCUCCAGAGGGCGAUGUCUGACAGCAGCAACAGCACAGGCAGCACUGGCUCCUCCACCAACAGCUGGACUCUCCUGUCUCCUGAGGAGGCAGCCAUUGAGAAUGUCGGGCCUGCAGACGACGGCACUGAGAGUCUGGGAGAUGCCCCCAGUCUCUCUGAGGAGGUGGCAGGAGCUGCUGCAGAGUACAAACCAGCUGAUCUUCUUGUAGAAACUGUCCUGUCGGAAGAAGGUCAUCAGGUUUGUCAGGAGACAUCCCCAGAGUCCAGUGAGGUUCCCGUACCUUCCAGUCCUUCCCAGCUGAGCCCUCUUCCCCCCAACCCUCUCGAUCCCUCAUACGUCGACACAGAGAGUCAGCCCCCAGUCAUCCAUGAUAUUGUAACCACCUCUCCCAGCGACAACGAGCCUCAAGGCGCCAUGCCUUUGGUCACCAGCAUUGAUUUAGUAGCUCAGCUAGACCUCCCAGCUGUUGAUAUUCUCCUAGCAGAGCCCACAUCGUCUUCCCCUGCCCCUCACAUAACUGAGACCACCGCCUCUGCUGAGCCUGUGCUCCACACGCCUGCUGAUUCUGGACCGAUGCCUGCUAGUCCUGCUGCCGGGAGUAACGACUCGAGCACUGAACCCAAGGUCAACGUCACCACGGAGACCCUUACAGCCGCUGAAUCCCCGCCUCAUGUUGUAGAUGAGAUCAGCUUUGGGCUAGAAAGCACAGGGCCUCCAAGCCCAUUCCCAGAGAGACUGAAGACAGAACAUCAAGCUGGGAAAGGUCCUGCGCCAGAGACGGCUGGCUCUGCAGUGACAGAAGAAGAGCUGGACGAUGCUGAAAAGGAGGAAGAAAUACAAUCUGAGUCAUUGAACUUAGAUGAGGAAGAGGAAGAGCAGUCCAGCGGCUUGGAGCUGGGCGACACGAGCAGCUUUGAUGAUGGACUCAGAAGGAGGAAUGUUCCCUCCUUUGAAGCACCAAGGCCAAGAACCUCUGAUGAGGAGGACGAUGAAGAGGAGGUUGAAUUUAAGAUGGCUGAGAAAAAGGAGGAGAAACCGUGGUUCUCCAUGAACAAAUGCAUUGUGGCUGCUUUGGUCUUGCUCUUCUUAGGUUCCCUGUUUCUGUCAGGGGACAUUGACGGCCCUGAGUUGAGUGAUGGAGAACAAAACCAGGACUGGCUUAGCGGUGAUCCACAGGAUAUGAAAGAGCUGCUGGAUAAACUAACGGAGGAAAACCAGCAAAUCACUCAGCUGGAGGCUCAACUACAGACUAAGAAAGAAGAACUUGACUCGGAGAUGAAGACGGUGGCUGAGAGUGGCGAUGAACAGGGAAAAGCAGAUUUGGAAGAAGAAAAUUCAAAGCUGAAGGAGGAGCUGUCAGUCCUGCCUGAGCUGAAGAAAGAGCUGGAGAGUCUAAGGGCCCGAGUGACCGAACUCAGCCAGCUCACAGUUGAUGCAGGAAUGGUGUCAUCUGCUUCCAGUUCAGCUUCUCAGCCUGAUGCCGAAGACGCUCAGAGUUCCCAAAAGGCAGCCGGACCAGAGUGGAGGAAGGACGGAAAGAUGAAGGAAGAGCUCCACCGUCAGAAGGUUCUUUUGGACGAGAGCAAGAAAAGACUGGAAAGGAUGAAAAAGGACGGAAGUGAUGGAAAACAAGUUUGGGAGAACCUAGAAGGGAUCCAGAAGAAGCUCUCCGAACAGGUUGAGAGGUGGGAGAAGACAAAGCCACAGGGACCAAAAUGGAAAGGAAAAAAAGAGAAAAAACAGGAGAGGGACCACUGGAAGAAAGAGGAGAAGAAGGAGUGGAAGCACAGUAAAGAGGUAAAGAAGGAAAAGGAGUGGAAACACCAAAAGGAAAACUCUCACAAAGAAGCCUGGAGGAAACAUCAGGACGAGUGGCAGAAGAAGAAGGGUGAGCGCAGGAUGGACCGAGAAGAAAGGAGGAAGGAGAAGCCAUGGCACCUCCGACAGGGUAAAAACUCCCACCAUCAUCAGCAGCCCCGGCAGCCUCAUCAGCACCACCACAACGACUUCUGGAGAGACCAGGAGCUCAAGCUCCAUCGCAACGUCCGCCCGCAGCUGGGCUGCACCUCCGUGGAGGACUGCGCCACCAAGGAGGGGCUCUAUCCCGUGGAGCUGCUUGAGUUUGAGGAGCUUCUGGAGGGCUACCUGAGCAAACUGGAAGGCUUCUCCAAUGACGGCAAGGACAAGAUCCGCAAGCUGACCGCCGACUUCUUCGAGGACGGCGUCUUCAUCCAUGACAGGGUCCGCUUUGGGGACUUUGCCGAGGAUGUGGCGGACGUCCUGGAAGACAUGGUGGACGUCUUGGAGGGUGGCGGACAGAACGACAAUGACUCCCUCGAGGAGGAGAUGGAGGAGUUUGAGCGGGAGGCCCUGUGGAAGUUUGCAGCCACAGCUUAGAAGCAAAGAAGGAUUUAAAAGCAUUAAAACCCAAGAAGAACAAUAUUCAUGGUGGUUUUGUAGGACAUGUCCUUAUCUUCCCCUCCUCCUCAGAGCUGUAACUGUUGUAGCUUUUGGUACGGACUCCUAAAUGUGUUCCUGAAAGUCUCUAAUUAUAAGCUAGGCUGUGUUCGUCAUGUUGGGCUUAGUUGUUGUUGCCUACCUCCGUCCCGGUCGUGUCUCCUGAUCCAGAGUAACCUGCUGUGUGAAUUUCUUUUGUUUUCCAUGCUUUAAUCGGUGCAUGUUGCAGUAAUGUACAUUUAAACCCAGAUCAGACAGAAAUAUGAAUUACCCAGAAAACCAACCUAAAAUCAUUUUCUUGUAGAUUGUUCAGUCCCAGAGGAGGAGAACCUGCUGCGUUCGGUGAUCAUUAUCGGAUCAGGUCCGACCGGUUUCUUUGUCACCAUUCUUUUUUUCAGGAAACAAACACAGAGAAAGAGAGAUAUCUGUUUCUGAGCCUCAAGCAUUUUUGAUGACCUGACUCACCUCUGAUCUGUUUGCUUAAUUUCUACUCCUGGAGUAAAAGCAAUAGCACAGAGUGAAGACUUCUUAACCACUUUAGCACUUUUCCACAAACAUGUCAGAUGCUACUUUAUCUGACUUUUCAUUUCCUUCACUGUUUUUUCAUUUCCUUCACUGCUUUCUGUAAAACACGAAGGGGCUCUUUAUUCCCAGACCACUCUGGGUGAAAGUACAGUUAUUACCAUGUAGUAAUCCCUGAAGAAGUUACUUCAGUUCAAGUUCUGCAGCCAAACCUGUAAUUUUCCCCCCUCUUGUUUUUUUCAGAAAUAGGUUUGAGUUGACUUGCAUGCAGGUGAUUUAGAUGUAGUUUCCAGAGGUUAGAAUAUAAAAGACAUGAGAGCAUUUCAUUUUCACACGUCAGGCAAAAAUGAAAGAAAAACGGCACAAAGUCAAGCCUGAAAAGUACAUAUUCUGUUCUUUUACGUUCACAGGUCCCUCUUUAUGUUGAUGUGACAUUAAAGUCAGCAGAUUGUGAUUAUUCAGACAAGCUUUGAUGAGUUUCUUGAUUAUUUAUUCUGUCACUAUGGCUCCUGUCUCCUUUAAUGUUUCAUUUUUAAUGAGAGGAGUGUCAGACUUGGUCCCUGGCUGUUCACGCUAAAAGUUAAAGGAGUUUUCAUUUACUUUGCAUACCAGCUGCUGCUUAUGUGCCUUUAUCACAAUGAAUAUCUCAGAUUGGACCAGAGGUCUCCGUUUUCACUUGCUUCUACUAGAAGAGGAAGAAGUUUACACGACUUUAAUUUGUCCUGCUGUUUACAGGCAGAAGCAAAUGUUGCAGAGUUUCCACUUAAUGGUCUUGUGCUGGUUUAAUUCUGAAGAUCCUUUGACCAAAGGGUUUGAAUGAAUCCUCAAAGCACGUAUCGAAGUGAGAGUUUAAUCGAUAUUUGAAAGUAUUUCUGUGUCCGUGGGGCAACAAUGGGGCCUGAGGGGUUACCGCAGGACCUGGCAUGGAUGUGAAAUUAAUUGACUCCUGGACAACUAUAAUUUCUUUCAUCAUCAGUUGUGUCUUGUUUUUAUGAAAUAAAUGUUGAGUUAAAUAAAUUUUUCACCAUUA